UGUCAGCUCGCAGUGGAGGACAGAUAACGCAACCAGGAGCACUUUGGUCAGAACUCAGACAAAAGUAGUGCAAACCAUGGGGGCUUAACCACAGGCGGUCGUAGCGGGCACUUUAUGAAACUUUUUAGUCUUGUUCUCGGCGCAUUCCCGUCCACGCUCCGCCGUCCCAGCAGCUUCUGAUUCAUCUCAUCAGUACAUCCUGAGAGAGGCGCGGCUGCUGCUGGUUGUCUGGCUGAAACGUUAGCUUCUUGGCUGAAGUCGUUUCCAGUUCAGACAAGUUUACGAGUGGAGGAAGCGAGGCAGGAUGUACCAUGAAGAAACCACAAUGUUGCAGAGGCCACGCUAUGGAACAAUUGAGGAUGAUGAGAGGCUGUCAGCAGAGCAGAUGGAUGAGAGGAGGCGACAAAACAUUGCCUAUGAGUACCUGUGUCACCUAGAGGAGGCCAAACGGUGGAUGGAGGCUUGUUUAGAUGAGGGCUUGCCCCCCACCACCGAACUGGAGGAGGGACUCAGGAAUGGAGUUUAUUUAGGAAAACUUGCUAAUUUUUUUGCCCCUAAACUGGUCUCUGCAAAAAAGAUCUACGACAGAGAUCAGGCUCGUUAUAAGAGCAAAGGGCUACAUUUCAGACACACUGACAACACAGUGCAGUGGCUCAGAGCCAUGGAGUCAGUGGGCCUUCCUAAGAUAUUUUAUCCAGAAACCACAGAUGUGUAUGACCGCAAAAACAUGCCCAAGGUGGUGUACUGCAUACAUGCACUGAGCUUGUACUUGUACAAACUGGGGAUUGCACCACAGAUCCAGGAUCUGCUGGGGAAAGUCGCCUUUACAGAGGAGGAGAUCAGUAACAUGAGAAGUGAACUAGAGAAGUAUGGUAUUCAGAUGCCAGCUUUCAGUAAAAUUGGAGGUAUUCUGGCCAAUGAGCUUUCUGUGGAUGAAGCUGCUUUACAUGCUGCUGUAAUUGCCAUCAAUGAGGCAGUCGAGAGAGGUCAGGCAUCGGUGACAAUGGGAGCGUUAAAAAAUCCCAACGCAAUGCUGAGGAAUACACGGGAAGUCCUGGCUGAAGACUACCAGGAUACACUGAAGCAGGAUAAGGCUCGGAAGCAGGAUCGGUCAUCAGGAAGGCGAUCUUCAGUUGCUACAGAAGAAAGAGAUGUUUAUGAGGAACUGCUGACUCAGCAGGAAAUCCAGACUUGCAUUGAUCACGUCAACACCCAGGCAGCAGUGCAGAAAGUGAAUGAAGCUGUGUUGCUCCGGGAUGAAGCUGCUCUGUUGGCUGCUCUCAGACUUGAAGCCCUUUCCCUGCUGGGGGUCCAGGAUGCAAACGGUGGCUGGUAUCUGGAACACUUUACGGCUUGCAUCCAACAAAAGUCAAAGUUUGAACCACAGAACGGAGGGAGGUCGGUAGUCUUGGACAAAGAAGAGAUUCACAGAAUUAUCAGCACCUGCAAUGAUUUUGCUGAGGCAGAAAAACGAAAACUUGAGGCAGUUGCACGCAUCAACACAGCCAUUCGUCUAGGCAGUGCUGUGGAGACGGUGGAGGAGCUGCUGAACCCCGAGGCGCAGCUGCCAAUCAUCUACCAGAGUGCUGCUAACCUCUAUCAGGCUGAACUGUUCAGUUUGCAGCUACAAGGAGGACGGUCCGGACUGAGUCAUGAGGAGCUCAGCGUAGCUGUGGAGAUGCUGUCGGCUGUCGCGGUUUUAAACGAGGUGCUGGACACUAAAGACCCGCAGGCUGUUAUUGAACAGCUAACAGACUCUCCUCUGGGUUUCACAAAUAUAGAGCCUGACAACCUCAACAGGUAUGCUGACAUGCUAAUUGAAGAGCGAGCUGAGGCGCUUUCCAAAAGCCAAGAGUUUCUCACUUGGAAUGAUGUUCAGAAAUGCAUUGACAUGGUUAACAUUCAAGUCCAAGAAGAGCAUGAACGUAUAAUAGCUAUUGCAGAGAUUAACGAGGCCCUCAACUCAGGAGAUCAUCAGCAGACUCUUGCAGCUCUGCUUCUCCCUACAGCCAAGCUGACAGGAGUAAACCCAGCCACAUCUAAGCACUACCAUGAUGUUCUUCAUUAUUCUAAACAUCUUCUCUGCCAGAAUUCUGGAGAUGAAUCUGCAGUGCUCUGGUUGGACCAAAUCCAAGAAGCUAUCCUAACAGCCAAUCAGGAUGAAGAAGAAGCCCUCACAAUGGCUGGAGCUGUUGCUCAUAUUAACGAGACUGUGGAGGAGGGAGACUCCCAGAAGACCUUGCAAGUUUUGCAGAUCCCCACUGCAGGACUGAGAGCUGUGCAUCCUGACUGCGCUGACGCAUACCAAGUUGAACUGGCUCAGAGACAAACUGCAAAUGCUAGUAAAGGCAGCAGUGAUGGUGUUUGGGUCAAACACAGCAUCAAGGACAGAUACGACUACUUCUAUAAUCUGGAGACUGGGCAGGGCAGCUGGGAGGAGCCUGAAGGAUUUGAACAGAAGGCAGAUCAACUCAGCAAAGAGGAGAUUCAGAGUGCAGUCAACUCUGUGACUGCAGAAUAUAACCGGGAACAGCUAUGGUUAGCAAAUGAACCCUUCGUCACCCAGCUGCAGGCGAGGAUCAGAGGUCACCUGGCCAGAAAAAAGCAUUUGCAGAGAAUGGAGUAUCUACGCCAACAAGAACCUCAUGUAGUUAAAAUACAGGCUUGCUUCAGAGGUUAUAGACAGAGGAAAAUCUACAUAGCUAGGAUCAAUUUGCUUCAGAAAAGUGUUGCAUCUGUGGUCAAGAUUCAAUCUAUUGUGAAAAUGUGGAAAGCAAAACGCAAGUAUAAUCAAAGGCUACAAUUCUUCAGAGACCAUGUAAAGGAAAUUGUAAAAAUCCAGGCUUUCCUAAAGGCAAACAAAGCAAGAGAUGACUACAGAACCCUAACUGGAGCCAGAAAUCCUCCACUGUCAGUGGUCCGAAAGUUUGUCCAUUUGUUGGAGCAAAGCCCCCUGGACCUGCAGGAGGAACAAGAAGUGACUCAGCUCAGGGAAGAAGUCGUCACAAAAAUCCGCUCUAACCAACAGAUGGAGAAAGACUUGAAUCUGAUGGACAUUAAGAUCGGACUGCUGGUGAAGAACCGGAUCACCUUGCAGGAUGUCAUUUCACAUAAUAAGAAAAUGAAGAACAAGAAAAAUAAAACAAGCAAAGAUGACCAGACCACUGGAGAUGGACUUGGGAUUAAAGGUCUCAAUAAAGGCAAAAGAAGGAAACUAGAAGCCUACCAACAUCUCUUUUAUCUGCUGCAGACGAUUCCCUCCUACCUGGCUAAACUGAUCUUUCAGAUGCCUCAAAACAAAUCGACAAAAUUCAUGGACACAGUGAUCUUCACUUUGUAUAACUAUGCUUCCAACCAAAGAGAGGAGUACCUGCUGCUCAAGCUCUUCAAGACUGCCCUGGAAGAAGAGAUCAAUUCUAAGGUGGAUCAGAUCCAGGACAUAGUGACGGGAAAUCCUACAGUCAUUAAGAUGGUGGUGAGCUUCAACAGAGGGGCACGAGGCCACAACACCCUCAGACAGCUGCUGGCUCCAGUAGUCAAAGAAAUUAUUGAUGACAAGAGUUUAGGAAUCAACACCAAUCCUGUGGAUGUGUACAAAGCCUGGGUCAACCAGCUGGAGACGGUGACCGGAGAGGCCAGCAAACUGCCAUAUGAGGUGACUCCUGAGCAGGCCAUGUCCCAUAAGGAAGUGCGUAACAGGCUGCAGGCCUCCAGUGUGGCUCUGCGGUCUGCAACAGAUAAGAUGUUGAACUCCAUUGUGUCCUCGCUGGAUAAUAUCCCUUAUGGCAUGAGAUACAUAGCAAAGGUUUUGAAGAACAGCCUCCAUGAAAAGUUUCCAGAAGCCUCAGAGGAUGAGCUGCUGAAGAUUGUGGGAAACCUUCUGUACUACCGCUACAUGAACCCAGCCAUCGUGGCACCGGAUGGCUUUGACAUCAUCGACAUGUCAGCAGGAGGCCAGCUUCACGUCGACCAGCGACGCAACUUGGGAUCUGUUGCGAAGAUGCUGCAGCAUUCUGCUGCAAACAAGCUGUUUGAGGGCGAGAAUGAACAUAUGACGCCAAUGAACAACUACAUAUCUCAGACGUAUGAGAAGUUUAGGUUAUUUUUCCAGGCUGCAUGCGACGUUCCUGAACCAGAGGAGAAGUUUAAUGUUGACGAAUAUUCAGACAUGGUGACUCUGAGCAAACCAGUCAUCUACAUCUCAAUAGAGGAAAUCAUCAACACUCAUUCGCUGCUUUUGGAACACCUGGAGGCCAUCUCUCCAGACCAAAAUGACUUGCUGCACGAGCUGCUGCAGGACCUGGGAGAUGUGCCUGAUGUAGAGACUUUGCUUGGUGAAGGCGCCGUAGACCCAGAUGACUCAAACAGAGAAGCGGCUCUGAGUCAGCUGGCAAAGACUGAGAUUUCUCUAACAUUAACCAGCAAGUUUGAGCUGCCAGAGGGAGACGACAAAGACCUGAAGACUCUUAUGACAAAGACAAAAAAGCUGAUAGUUGAUGUGGUUCGGAUUCAGCAUGGAGAGACGUUACCAGAAAUACUUGAGACCCCAGCUACUGCACCACAGGAGUUGGAGCAUACAAAGAUUGUCCAGCGCAGGGCGGACCAGGAUGCUCAGACACCAGAGGGACUGAAAAGCAGUCCAGCGGUGUUGGAGGACAGUCAGCUGCCUCUGGAGCAGAAGAAGAGGAAAAUAUUAAGGAAUCUCCGUAAUCUUGAGCAGGCUGGACUCGUCACCGCCAGUAACAAAUACCAAGACCUUAUAAACGACAUAGCGAAGGACAUUCGGUACCAGAGACGCUACAGGCAAAGGAGAAAGGCAGAGCUUACGAAGCUUCAGCAGACGCUGACAGCGCUCAACUCAAAAACUGACUUCUUCCAGGAGCAGAUGAACUAUUAUGACACCUACAUCAAGACCUGCCUGGAUAAUCUCAACCGGAAGAAUACACGCAGAUCCAUAAAACUGGACAGCAAAGGGGAAGAAAAGGGCAGUAAGAAGUGGAAGCCACAGUCUCUGAAGUAUACGGCGGCCAGACUGCAUGAAAAGGGAGUCAUCCUGGAGAUAGAAGGCCUUCAGACAAACCAGUUCAAAAAUGUCAUGUUUGACAUUUCCCCCACGGAAGAAGUUGGAGAUUUUGAGGUGAAGGCCAAAUUUAUGGGGGUUGAAAUGGAAAAGGUCCAGCUUCAUUUCCAGGACCUUCUUCAGCUGCAGUACGAGGGUGUGGCUGUCAUGAAGAUGUUUGACAAAGCCAAAGUAAAUGUUAAUUUACUAAUCUUCCUCCUCAACAAGAAGUUUUAUGGAAAAUAAACGUGGAAGAGAAAGCAGGAGAACUGUUGAGAGGAAACUACUUGUGCCUUCACUAAACAUCUCAUUGUUUCAUCUGCUUUUAAUUUAAUGGAUCACAUCCAAAUGAAAUGUCAAUUUAUUGUCUGUCCAGUUUUUUUCUGUCUUGAUUGUAAAUGUAAUGUACUUUUAAAAAUGAAAUUGUAAUGAUAUUCAUGUUUUAUAUGUAAAAGACACACGCCUUCCAGAAACCUUGCAUUUUGAGAAAACUGUCAUGGUUUUAUGAACGUUAUAGAAAAAAGCUGCAGCACCAUCAGGUGAAAAGUGAUGUUGCAACAUAAAAAUAUGUAAUUCUACAGUUUUAGUGCCUUUAAAAUAUCUAAAUAAAAUGUUUUAAUUCAA